AUGGCCACUCACCUCGCUGCCGUUUCCCCAGCCAAAGGCAAACCCUUUGAGCUCCAAACUCGUCCUACCCCAAAGCCAGGACCAGGCGAGCUCCUCAUCGCUGUCAAAUCCGUAGGCCUCAAUCCGGCAGAUGCCAUCAUGCGUGACCAAGGCAUCUUCAUAUCCACAUACCCUACGGUCAUCGGCUUCGACAUGUCAGGCUUAGUCCUCGAGAUCGGCGAGAACGUGCCCACCGGUGCGGCCGACGCUGAUUCAAGUCCACCCUUCCGACCAGGUAUCACUCGCAUCGCCGCCUACUCCGCCUGUGCCUGGAAGUCCUGCGAUCCAGACUAUGGCGCAUUUCAGGAGCUGUGCCUCGUCCCCUGGCAGCAUGCCGUGCCUAUUCUGGACGAAGGAUUGUCUUGGAACCAUGCGGCAACAUUACCAGUCGCCGUUGCGACGCCACUGAGCGCUUGGGAUAUGAUGGGUAUCCCCCGGCUGGGAGAUGGCAUUGCCUCUGCUCCAAAUCCAACUGUCUCUGCUGAUUCUGGUACCGAUAUCGAUGAAGAGAAGCGAAAGAAUAACAUGGGGAAAAGAGAAGCUCUUCUCAUCUGGGGAGCCUCCUCUAGCGUCGGUACCAUGGGCGUGCAAUCAGCCCGGCUGCUGCGCGAAGAUCCAAGCUCGUCUUUCGCGGCUGUGUAUGCCACGGCUGGAGAUGUGAAUAAGACUUAUGUGGGAUCACUGGGCGCAGACCGCGUGUUCGACUAUAAAGACCCACAUGUAGUGGAUGCGAUCGUGUCAGCGGCUCAGGAGGACGAGUUAGUAAUUCGACAUUGUUUUCUUGCUACCGGGAAGUUGGCGACAUGUCAGGCUGUGCUUAAGGCGUUCCUAGAUGAGGAUCAAGAAGGGGAAAGGAUGAUGAAGGCGAAUAUCGGGUCGGCGCCUAGGGUUCCGGUAGAUGCUGAGGUCGUGGAUGGAGUGGAGACGAUAUUUGUGAUGCCGUCAAUGGUAGAAAGGGAGAGAUUGGAGCAGUUCCGGUACUGGAUUGGAACGUGGCUGGGGGAAAACUUGGCCAAGGGAACCAUCAGGCCGAGUCCGGAGCUGAAUGUUGUGGGGAAGGGUUUGGGGGCUAUCAAUGAUGGAUUGGACAAGCUGCUUCGCGGGGUGAGCUGUACAAAGUUAGUAAUUGAGAUUGCUGAGUGA